ACUCAGUACAAAAGGAGGAGGAAUGUCGGGAAGUCGUUGAAAAUUCAAAAAGGUUGCCAAUUUUAUUUUUGCGAUUUUAUCCCUUGUAAAUCAUACAAAUGUAUAGUUGUUGUAAGGCACGACGUUUGGCACGUAUGAUUGAUACACUAGCGCUGUGUGGUAUUGUGGAGGCAGCUAAAAGUGUCUAUGAUAUCGACUCUAUACACAGAAAGCAAAAGCUUUGGUGCCCCUCACAUCGACGAUGUCAGCUUGCAUUCCGGCAACAGUACACUUCCUGCUCAAAAUGGCUUCCACUAGAUUCGUCUAGGCUUAGAAUUGCUGAAUGAGCAAAGUUAAGUUGGCAGCAACACAGAAAAGGCUGCGAUGCCUCAAACACUACCGUUGGGUUUUUGGAACUAGAGAUCUGACUUACCAAUGUGGAGCAUCCAACUAAUUUGAGCACACUGUCUAAAAUUACAACAUAAAGCAGGCGAACUUGAUUGCUUGCAUAUUACAAUUUCUAACUUAAAUUAGUCGUCAAGAAGACAAAUGCCGUCAAUAGUAGCAUCAAAAGCAGCAGACUUGAUUUUUGCGACAGCUACCAGCAGCGGCUUUUCACCAGCAUCAAACGUCACAGUAGCUGCACGUCGGUGACGCGAUUGCAAAAGCUAGUCUCACAAAAGCAGCAACCAGGAUAGUUGCUAGGAUUUGAUUUCAACAAAUUUAGAAACUUACCAAUAAAAAAGGACCUGGUUAUGCGUCCAGAGCUGACGUUAUCCUUGUAAGUAACACAGAUAGAA